ACACAUUUUUGACCAAGGGGUAAUGGGCAUGCAGAUAGGGUAGGUAGAUGAUUGCUGAAUAGGAAGUAAUGUUAAAUGUGACGACCUAAAUCCGUCAACAUGCAUUAACGCAAUUCCCACUCUUUGCUCCACUCGCUACAUUUCACUCUAUUAUCUGCAAUUUCAUUUUUCAUCCAUGUCUGCUAUGGAAUCCAUCAUUCCUAUUCAUUGUUUAUCUUUAAUUUUACUGUUUUUGAGCCCGAUAAUGGCGACUUCUAUCGGCAUAAACUACGGUCAGAUUGCCGAUAAUCUCCCCCCUCCGGAGAAAGUAGUUCCAUUAGUCAAGUCCAUGGGAGCAACCAGAGUGAAACUGUAUGACGCAGAUCCACAUGUUCUCAAAGCAUUCGCGAAUUCUGGUGUUGAAUUCAUUGUUAGCCUCGGUAAUGAGUACCUCUCUGGUAUGAAGGAUCCUGCUAAGGCUCAGGCUUGGGUUAAAACCAAUGUUCAAGCUUAUUUACCGGCGACUAAAAUCACUUGCAUCGCCGUCGGAAAUGAAGUACUAACUUUUAACGACACUGCACUUUCCGGUAAUCUACUCCCGGCGAUGGAAAAUGUUUACGCCGCUCUUGUAAGUAUGAACUUAGAUAAGCAAGUGAGUGUAACUACUGCUCAUUCUGUUGCUAUUCUCGAGACUUCUUACCCGCCGUCUGCCGGAGCUUUCCGUCGAGAUCUUGUGAGCUGUGUUACUCAGGUGUUGGAUUUUCAUUGUAAAACUGGCUCGCCUUUUCUGAUUAAUGCGUAUCCUUAUUUUGCUUACAAGGCAGAUCCAAAGCAGGUGCCGCUUGAUUUCGUGCUUUUUCAGCCUAAUCAGGGGAUUGUUGAUCCAGUCACCAAUCUUCAUUACGAUAACAUGCUUUUCGCCCAAAUCGAUGCGGUUCAUUCUGCUUUAACUUCCAUUGGCUACAAAAACGUAUGCGUCCAGAUCUCGGAAACAGGAUGGCCGUCGAAAGGAGACGCCGAUGAGCUCGGGGCUACGCCGGAUAAUGCGAGGAAAUACAAUUGCAAUCUCAUAAAACUCGUGAGUCAAAAGAAGGGAACUCCAUUGAAGCCUAACAACAAUUUGAAUGUAUACGUCUUUGCAUUGUUUAACGAGAACUUGAAGCCUGGCCCUAUGUCGGAGCGCAACUAUGGUCUUUUCAAACCGGACGGUUCACCGUCAUAUCCCUUAGGAUUCUCCGGUAUCAACAACGCCGGCGUCAGCACUAAUAGUAGCUCCGGUAGAAGUCCAACAGCUAGCAGUGGUUCUUCAACACCGACGUCGUGGUCACCGCAGGACGGGAGUUCCUCAUCCGGCUAUAUGUCCAUUACUUCUAAUUCGGAGAGAGUCUUAUUCUGCUGGAAAUCUCUUAUUCUGCAAUUCCACAUCAUAGUGGGUUCAAUUUCACUGAUUUUCUCUCAAUUGUAAACUCCAUUGGAAUUGCUGUGAAGGUCUGCCAUUGUCGAGUACUGUUGUAAAAGCCAAUUUGGCCGUUUUCGCCAUAGCUAGUUGCCAUUUUAUUCUUUGAUUAUUGUGUUAUUCUUUUCUUUAACGAAUGAAUAAUGGGCGGCUUGAUUUGAUUUGCUGAUUAGAUUCGUCGGUACGCCGGAAAGUCCAAAAGAUGACAGCUGCUCUCCACUUUCCUCGCUGGCUUGAUGUUACCUUAUUUUCUUGUUGAUGAGAUUACACUGCUAUUCAUCAAAUUGUAAUUUGGUAACACUAAUUUGUAUAUUUAUUGGUACAUUAAUUUGUACAAUUGUAAUCCAAUGUAUUAUUAAUUAAACUUUCAUUUCAUGAUUUGUA